AUGGAUACCUUGCGUGUUUUCGAGGAUUGGCGAAAGCUGUCCUCAGUAAGGAGCUCGCGUGUAGAAUUACUUCGUCAAGCUCUUCAACACAUACCGUCAAGUUCUGUGUCGUUCUCUGAGGUUCUGCGGCAGUAUCAGUACUAUGUAGACAGCAUCGAAGACGGAGCAAAUAAUUUUGCUGAGGAAGUGCUGAAAAAUGGUGACGAUGACGGCUCUGGUAAUUCAUUUCACCACUUCUCAUGCUCAACAGGCACGCCUGAGUGGAGGAGCACUUUUGAUGUGAAGUUUAUACUUGAUCAUAUUAAGGAGGAACCCUUACUAGACUACGGGCUCCCCUUGGCUGACAUCCACAACAUUACCACCUCAACAGCUGAGCAGCUUAAGAAUAUCAUUGACAAAGUACUCAGGAAAGCACCGGAGUUGGAACUGGUAGUGAGAGCACCCGUUCGAGGCGGCACUUUGUUAAAUCGCAAAGCUCAAUUUGCCAAAAUCUCGCGUGAGCCCGUCAUGAGGGAGAGUACUAGUCUCUUCAAUGUAGACACCGUUCCGUCUGCCAAGGUAAGAGAAGUUGAACCUGAUUCCAAGUGUUUCUGUUUUUUGUUCAAAUUUGGAUUGUGUUCCUCAAGUGUAGUCUUUCUUACCUGCAAAACUCCAUCGUCAAAAUCAGAAGAACCUGCCCAAUGUAGACCAACUUUUAUCACUGCAAGACAGCAGCUUUUGGUAAACGCGCAGGUGCAACAGUCCGCACAGUCAGGUUCUGCGGUGUCAAGGUCGGAAAGCACACGAAAGACAUUGGGCGGUCGUGGUUCACGCACAGCUUUUGUGCCGCCGUUUACGAGGUCAAGUAAUGAAGUUUCACAGACAGCGGCAACGGACUCCAGUUCCAGCCGUCAACCGAACCCCUUGAUUCCAUCUUCAAAAAUGACUCCAGAGGAUGAGAGUGACGGCCUCUCGGAUGAGCGUCUUAAACAAUUCGAUCAGAAGAUCAUCGAUCUCAUCAUGAGUGAGGCAAGACGAGCCUUCAUGAUAUUCAUUGCCCAAUCAGAUAUUUUUACCGGUCUCCGGGGUCCACCAAAGGGCCUGCUACUCUUUGGACCUCCAGGAACGGGCAAAACAUUGAUCGGGAAAUGUAUUGCCUCUACGAGUCAGUCGACCUUCUUCAGCAUCAGCGCAUCCUCUCUUACUUCAAAAUGGGUCGGCGACGGAGAAAAAAUGGUUAGGGCUCUUUUCACGAUCGCUCGCAUUCACCAACCGUCGGUCAUUUUUAUCGACGAGAUCGACUCUCUUCUCUCCCAGCGCAGCGAAAUGGAACACGAAUCGAGCCGACGUAUCAAGACCGAGUUCUUGGUUCAGCUGGAUGGUGUGGCUACCGGAUCCGAGGAUCGGCUUCUCCUUAUUGGUGCGACCAACCGACCUCAGGAAUUGGAUGAGGCAGCAAGAAGGCGUUUCGUCAAGCGGCUUUACAUCCCUCUCCCUUGCUUACAAGCCAGGAGAGAGAUAGUAGACCGGCUCAUCCGACAGCAAAAACAUAGCCUAACACCGGAUGACCUCGACACAGUCGCGGCCAAAUCUGAAGGAUUUUCCGGUGCUGACGUCGCUAAUCUCUGUCGGGAGGCUGCUAUGGGUCCCAUUCGAGGAUUGCCGCUAGAGGUCAUUCAGUCAAUCUCUUGCCAAGACGUCCCGCCAGUUCGGAUGAGCGACUUCCUAAUGGCCUUCAAGCACGUGAAGGCAAGCGUCUCUCCAAGCGAUUUACAACACUAUUUAUCAUGGAAUCAGCAGUAUGGGAGCUUUCAGGUGUGA